AUGUAUGAUUUGAGGGGAAUCAUUGGUGAUUAUCCAUUGAAUAGAUUGGUCAUUCCUGGUACACGUUCCUCAUUUUCAAAUCAUUUGAAUGAAUAUUCUAGAAUUUCUCCAGAUGGAAAGAGAAAUGAACAUUUCAUAUUUAAAACUCUUAAAUAUUAUCCAAAAGAUGUUUUAAAUAGAGUUCAAUCGAAAUGGUCAAAAACUCAAAGUAGAUCUGCAUUAUUACAAUUGCGAGAUGGUAUUCGUUAUUUUGAUAUUAGAACUUGUAGAGACAGGUCAACAUUUAAGAAAGUUACCAUGCUCAAAUCAUGUAAUACAAUGUUUGAUAGACCAAUUGAAGAUUCUCUUAAUGAAAUUGUUCAAUUCAUGAAAGAAUCUCCUAAUGAGGUUGUCAUUUUGGAUUUUGCUCACUUUUUUGAAAUGAGUGAGUAUGACCAUAAUUAUUUGAGUAGUGUUUUGAAAAAAAAGUUUGGAAAAUUAUUGGCCAACUCUAAAACUAUUCAAGCUAGCUCAUCACUGAAUGAAAUUUGGAGGCAAACCAACAAGCAAAGAAUAAUCGUAAUUUACCACAAUGAAAAUAUUGUAAAACACUCAAAUGGACUGUUCUGGUCCCCUUCUCUUUCCAUCCAUAAUAAUAAUGAUUUGCCAAAUAUUCGAUACUUUAGACCCAUUGUUAGGAAUAGUCAUGAUUUGUUCAUGAGAGUCUCGAAAGAAAUUUCCUCCAGAAAGGUUCAGGAUCAAUCAUUUUUUGCAAUUCAAUGUAAAAUUACACCAGACAAUUUAAUGAUUGCAAAUGGUAUCAUUGGCAGGCCAUCUAGUGCUCUAGAAUUGGGUCACUUUUACAAUUCGGAAAUUGUAAAUUGGUUAUCCACGCAAGCACUUGCACGAAGACAGGUGAAUAUUAUCAUGCUCGAUAACUACUCUGACUCUAAAGAUAUAAUGAGUGUCCUUUUACAACAAAAUACUAUCAAAAUUUGAAAAUUAAUAGAUUAAAAUGUUAAAUAUAAAUUAAUGUAAUUAAUUGGUGUGGAAAGAUUAUAUUGACAAGAGGGACAUCCAAAAUCCAAAAUUAUACAAAUCUCCAAUUUCUUCAUUCCUUCAUUCCACAUGUGGCACUACAAUAUCAACCCAAUCAAAAUAAAAUGCAUGGAUAAUACAAUCCACUA